AUGACUUCCGAACAGUCACCCACCUCCUGCAGCGAACGUGGUGGCGGCUACCACGAUCACACGCAAUGUUCGUCGAAAGGUGUCGGUGCGACCCAGUCGCUCAGCGAGCUGGAUUUUGAUCGCGGCAUAUGGAGUGCAGCGAUGAACAAUGAGCUCGAUCGCUUGGAAAUGCUGAUCGCCAGAGGGCACCUGCACGACCGGGACAGCUGUGGCUAUACGGCGCUGCAUUACGCUGCCCGUAGCGGUCACGCGGACGCUUGCCGACUGCUGCUGGCACGCGGUCUGGGAGUGGACGAAGUGACGAACGGUGGCGUUACGGCACUACAUCGGGCUGCUAUGAUGGGACACUACAAAAUUGUGCAACUGCUGAUAGAAAGCAAAGCGAACGUACUGCACCGGGACAACGAUGGCCGAACGGCACUGCACCGGGCGGCCGAGGGAGGACACCUGCAGUGCUGCCAGCUGCUCGUACGCUUACACCCCACCCUAUGCCAUAUGCAGGACGCACUGCGCAACCAGAAACCGAUCGAUCUCGUGCGUGAUGACGGCCAUAGUGAUGCGAAUCGGUUAAGAAGCUUGUUGGCUGGGUAGUAGUAGUAGUAAUAGUA